AUGCUUGCUGCGCUGCUCGCCCAGCCUUCCACGUCCCGAACGGGCGCGCUCCUUGCGCGCGCCAUCGCCCAAGCCCAGCUCCCGGCCCCCAACCACGCACCACGACGACGGCUACAUCCAUCCCGCGCAGUGCCAGCCGCACACUUCGAUACACAGCUCCUCGUGGAACGGCUGCAGGAGCAUGGGAUGACGGCGGAGCAGGCCGAGGGACUCUCAAAUGUGCUCGCCGAGGCGAUCGACGAGAGCGUGCGCACGACCGAGGCCGGCCUCGUGUCCAAGAGCGCACAGGAGAAGCAGCGGUACACGCAGAACGUCGACUUUGCGCAGCUCAAGAGCGAGCUCGAACUGCACGAGAAGAACGACCUCACGCUCAUGAAGGCCGAGAACGAGCGGUUGCAGGCUGACGUAGAGCGGCUCAAGCAGCGCCUCCGCGAGGAGAUCACGCGCACCCAGGCCGGGGUGCGGCUCGAUCUCAACGUCGACAAGGGCCGGUUCAAGGACGACGCCGCACAGCAGGAGCUCAAGAUCAAGGAGGUCGACACGCGCAUCGAGAGCGAGAUUGCCGGCCUCCGCACGCAGAUCGAACAGGCAAAGUUCUCCAUCCUCCAGUAUCUCGUCGGCGUCGCGACCGGUUCUGGCGCACUCCUGCUAGCGUACAUGCGCAUGAUGUGUGCAGUGGUAGAGGGGGCAUCGUGA